CGCUGCAUGAGAAGAAGAGAAAAAAAUGAAACGGCGAAAAUGGCUAUUUUCUAGCUUAUCGGGAGGCAAGUGGAAAUUACACUUUUGGCCUGAAGACAAUUACUCAAAGUAUUCUUCGAGGUUUUGGAUUAACUGCCUUGACUAGAAAUUUCAUAAUUAGGGUUUCACAUCAGUUAUGGAGAUCAUAAAAAUUGAUAGAAUCAGCGAAUUACCGGAUCAUAUUAUAGAAGACAUUUUGUCUCGUUUAUUAACUAGAGAUGCAGUGAGAACAAGUCUCUUGUCGCACAAGUGGAGGCAUAAAUGGACAACCACUCCGUCUAUUGUGUUCGACGACACGUUUUUGAGUUAUCCACCCAUGCUUGUGAGUGUGAUUGAUCAUGUUCUUUCGCGCCAUGUUGGUCCGAUACGCAAGUUCAAGCUCUACCAUAGUUGGAGCCUAAGUCUUGCCAACAGCGACAUAGAUCGGUUGAUUCUUGGUCUACCAAGACGCCAUAUCCAAGAGUUGUCUCUUACGUUUUACACCCGCAGCAAGCUCUACCCCCUGCCUUCUUGCGUGUUUUCUUUUCAAAAUUUGUCCAAAUUAGAGUUGAGUGAUUGUUGGUUGAGACCUCCGGCGACAUUUAAAGGUUUCAAGAAGUUGAAGAUCCUCGAUCUCACCAACGUAACUUUGGCUCCAGAAGUGCUCCAAAGUUUGAUAUGUACUAGCCCUGUGCUUGAAUGGGCGGAUUUGUGGGUCGAGUACAUCGAUGAUUUUAUUAAGAAUGUGAAUGUUGAUAAGCCUAAUCUCAAAUGCUUAAAAUAUCUAGGCAGAUGUAUUGAUCGUUUAGCAGUAGUUUACAUUUUCUGGACUACGUUUGACCGGUUGAAGGCUCUUGGAAUCACUCAUAUGCCCGAGUUUUUUGAUCAUCCAUUGCAAGUCCGGAGGCUCACACUCGUAUAAUUUUUUAGAGGUAAUGAUCCAUCGUUGAGAAUGAGGAAUAUCACAACCUUUUGGUUUCGAACCAAAUGAAGUCCCUAUUCAACGGAUUGCGACGAGUGAAAAUGGAUCACAUCUUUGGUUGUAAAGCAAUCGAUUUCAGCUUUCGUUGUAAAGGAUUUGAAUUAGUUUCAGUACUUUGGUUUGAUGCAUAUAUUAAGAUAUUUCCAAUUUAAUCAUUAUUAGAUUAGAUUUAGAA